AUGCUCUACAUUGAGUUCAACAUAUUCAUUCACUUGAUAGUUCCCGGACAUGCAGGAAAACUUAUUUUCGGCCUUCUGGAUGAGCAGGUACCUGUUGUUUUGAUGGUUGGGCGUGCCCACUACUACGAGGGUCAUUCCAUCAACCAAGUGACAUUCCCUGUUCGAGUUUUCAAAUUUUUGGGGGUUGAUACUCUAGUGUUGACUAAUGCUGCGGGGGGGUUGAAUUCAGAGUAUGCGGUCGGCGACAUUGUAUUAUUGAACGAUCAUAUCUUCCUGGCCGGUUUGGCAGGCACUCAUCCACUCCGAGGGCCGAACGCCGAAGAGUUCGGCCCUCGCUUUCCCCCUUUGUCAGAUGCUUACGACCUCGAGCUUCGACGUCACGUACAUACAGCUUGGGGGGAGGUGAUGCAGGCAGAAAGCCAGCGAAGGCUGCAUGAAGGGGUGUAUGCUUUCGUUGGAGGACCCAGUUACGAGACUAGGGCCGAAUGCCGCAUGCUUCACAAACUCGGCGCAGAUGUGGUUGGCAUGUCAACUGUACCAGAAAUUGUUGUCGCCAGACACUGUGGCAUUAGAGUCUUAGCACUUAGUCUGGUAACAAACUGUGCUGUUCUCUCUCCCGUUCCUCGUGGAGACGAUCCUCUUUUACAGGGUAAGGGCGUCGAAGAGCUGGGUGCUAUCUUGCAGGAGGGCAAAGCAAACCAUGAGGAAGUUCUCGAGGCUGGUCGUUCAGCAGCCAUUGAUAUGCAGGUCCGCACCCAGAUGAUACCCUGA